UGUUUGAGACACAGCCAAUGUGGCACUAGCAAAUGAACGCGUAAUCCACGCAGUGCUCCAGAAUGAGUGUUUAAGAGAGAAACACUGAAAUCCUGCAUCCCCGCACGGAAAGGACUGAACAAACCGCUGCCUUUUAAUCUGAGAUCUGUGUAACUGAAAGGAGGGAGUUUUAUAGUUUACCUCAGUCAUGCAGAAGGCAGGGACGGCCCCGUCUUCCCGGGGUCCAAGUGCGCCAGGGUCCCCCGCCACCUCUAUUGUGGCACGAAUGGACAAUCAGGUCAUUGGAUAUAAAGACUUGGCCGCCAUUCCCAAAGACAAAGCCAUACUAGAGGUGGAACGGCCAGAUCUGAUGGUGUACGAGCCACAUUUCAAUAUGGCAGCACUGGAUCAUGUGGGUCUCUCCAGAAGCAGAGAGAGAUCAAUGUCUCCUCAUUCAAUCUCGCCUCCUCCUUCCCCUGAGAUAUCCGCAUCUAAAGAGCUAAAGGACUGGUCAGAGCAGGGCUCUCCAGGAGGCUCCAACAUGGGCUCCACGACGCAGCUCCGCAAAAUCAGCCCUGCAUCCAAAGGCCCCAUGCAGCACUUCCACAGGCCAGACAGUGGCAUCAACCUCUAUAAGAAGCCGCCGAUUUACAAAAACGAGAGACAAACUGGAGCGCCUCACAGUAAACAGGACUUGAUCAUCGUGUCCUCUAAGUUUCCAGCAGCUCAGCCUCCAGACCCCAGCCUGCCGUCAAAGAUCGAGACUGAGUACUGGCCCUGUCCUCCUUCACUCGCUACUAUGGAGAUUGAGUGGAGGAGGAAGGCAGCAGAACAGGGAAAGCCAAUGGAGGAUGAUGAGUUUGAGGAUUUGACAGAAGAUGCAAAGAGACUCCAGGAGCAGGAGCUUCAGAAGAUACAGUCCAACUUAGGCAAACUGAUCCUGAAGGAGGAAAUAGAGAAGUCCGGGCUCAUCCGCAGAAAAACACGCUCUCUGCCAGACGGGACAAACAUACAUUUGGGAUCAUCAGCCAGCACUACUAAAUCUGCCUCUUUACCUCCAUGCAGUCGAACAGGCCUUACCAGGCUGCAGUCUGCUGACUUCUCUACAGACAAUGGAAAAGCAAAAACAGGUGUACCGAAUGGCGAUUCACAGAGCGGCCGCAUGGACAGAGGAAACUCUCUUCCUAGUAUUCUGGAACAGAAGAUCUAUCCUUAUGAGAUGCUGAUUGUGACCCACAGAGGGCGCACUAAACUUCCUCCUGGUGUUGACAGGACCAGAUUAGAGAGGCAUCUUUCUCCGGAAGAAUUUCACAGCUUAUUCGGGAUGCCCAUCACAGAGUUUGACCGUCUCUCACUAUGGAAGAGGAACGACAUGAAGAAGAAAGUGUCCCUUUUCUAACACUUGGACACAUCUGCUUUUUGAACACUGAACCACUUUUCCCCUCCAGAGACGCCAGUAAAAGCCACUCUAGUUUAAUACGGAUGCUAUGCAGACAGUUGAAGAUAAGCGAAAGAAGACGACUUUACCAGAUGUUCUUUCAAUCACAUUUCCAGUGGUCUCUGGUGUACAUAAUAAUAAAGAUGAAGAUUCACCCAAUCCCACACAAAAAUCGGAAACAAAUAAAAUCGGAGUAAUAUUGAUGGAAUAUCAUCUCCCGCAGCCCUUUCUUUACGCCUUACGUCUAUUUCAAACUUAAAGUGCCCAGAGAAGUUUAUAAUAAUAAUAAAAAUAAUAAUAAUAGGCCUAUAUAUUUACACAAAGUUUUAAUCGUGAACCAUCACUUUUUUUGCUCACUAAUAUUACACUAUUUAUUGUAUCACAAACAUAUCCAGCACUGUACAUAAAUCACAUUAUUUUUAUUUAUUCUCGGUGUUGACAUGUGAAAAAAAAAACACAUAAUGAACACUUCGCAAAAAAAAUCAAUCGUUCAUUAAAUUGCAUGAACUCUGAGUCUUCUUCUUAAUUUAUUGAGUUUUACCGAUAAAAGGCAUUGCGAUAUAUGACAACAUCUAUUUGUGCUAAUAGCGACAGUGUUAUAAUAUUGUGGACUAAUAUGAAAUAUCUAAGCUCAGGCUUGCUGGUGAGCUCUGGCUUUUGGUUCUUGUACACUGUUGGUGCUUCAUACGUUAGGUUGUAAUAACUGAACAACGCUAGAAGAUCUCUGCUCCACGUGAAGCCAUGCUUUUAACAUGGAUUUCCAAUGUCUGUUUUUGCUGCAUACUUACGUUUUUUUUACUGUCUUUUGUAGUCGGUCUCCAUUGCGGUGUGUUUUACUGCGGCAUAGGUGUUCUCGAAUCACUCUUCAUGUGCUUUUAUCAAUGGAGACCGUCCAACGAUUAUGUGUCCGUUCAUAGUUCUGUGUCUCAUCUCCGUUUUUCUGUAACAACAUUGUGUAUUGUUGAAAAAACAAACAAGACUAAAACAAUAAAA